AUGAGCCGGUGUCGUCAUACGUGUUGGCUCAAACCGUGGAGCAGAGGUAUUGAGACGGGUCUGGAGGUCACCGAUCGACCUCAGCGUUUGUUAAGAGACUUUGACAAUCCCACUAGCGAGACUGCUGGUCUCUUGGUCUUGGUUGGAAAUCAAUCUAAACAGGCAGCUUUCAGAAAGCUGACUUUUCAAACUGAACGGAUCCACGCAAAGACUGGCGGGGAGGUGCAUCUCCUUACAUCCUUAUUUCGGGAGUUUCGCCGUCAACGUGUUGUCAUUGCCGACACGGAUACCCCUGGGCUUCAGCUGAAGCCGCCGUCUCUUAGUGGCAACCAGUGUCACGAGGUCAAGGUCUAUGCUGAUAUGGCAGUUGCUGGUGAACCGAGAUACAGCCACGCUAGUCUCCUACACAAGAUUUUGUUUCCAUCUGCCGAUGUUAUUUGUGUAUUCGUCAAUGAUCUUGGAGGGUUCAGUGCAUCGUUAGGACAACUAGAUUCGUGGCUCAAGAGAGGAGCACCAUCAUCCAGCCCAGUGCGACCGCAAGUUCUUCUUGUGGUAAAUCAAGAGGAGAAGGAACGGCACCAAGUUGCCCUCCAGCGAUUUGUAGACGAAACGCGAUCCGGAGAACUGGCUUCCUGUUUCCGCGGCAUCAAGCUCGUCGGAGUUCCAAGGCUCUCCGGUCGAGGCAGAAGAAAAAGAUGCAAGCGAACGCGGCGCUGGCAAGUACUCAGUCCUGAAAUAGCAAGAGCUCUGGAAGCUAGUAGGCAAUCUCGUCGGCGCUCUAAUUCUCUGUUUUCGGUCUACCACCUCGCGCGCUUUUUACAACUCGGUGCGGGUGCAGCGACAGAUACGACUGCCGAACCGUAUAGCUUCGUUAAGUUUUCCAGACUCCAUCGAGCCGUAGCCUCAGAUUUGAGCCGCCAUGUCGCAAAUUUUUUAGAAAGUUUUACGUCUCCAAGUGCCGUUCGACGAAUUGCUGUUCCGUUGAUUGCAUCAAGUUUACUCCUCGAUCAUUACUCGCCCGGGAUGCACCUUUUCGACUGUCACCAGGUUUUCCGUGAAUUGUAUGAAGCAGAUUGUUCUUGCGCAAGCGCCGUGUUCAGGCCCAGGUUUAAGGGUUUCAUCCCGCCUGCGGAAAUAUUUCAGGCUCUCGGCCCAUCUCUUGACUGGCACCGGCAGCAGCUUUCGCGACACAAAGACUUUUUGAAAAGUAUCAGAUCAAGAGACACGUGUUUGAGUUGCAUCCGACGGCGGCCGCAGUAUGGCUUCCCAUGUGGGCACCUCAUCUGUCAGAACUGUGUCAGGGUGUUUUAUCCUCAAAGCGACGCUGAUCCCUGGGAGUAUCGGCUAGAGGCAUGCCAUAUUUGCAGCGAACCCGCCCCCGGACUCUCCAUUCACCUGACUCCGGAUACGAGCCGACUUCGCGUCCUGAGCAUCGAUGGUGGAGGCAUCCGUGGGUCAGCGCCGAUAGGGUUCUUGAAGGCGAUCCAAGACGAGAUCGGUAUACCAGGCUAUAAGGUUCAGCGCAACUUCGACGUCAAGGUCGGCACUAGUUCAGGUGCGUUAAGCGUGAUCAGCCUUGACAUACUGGGGUGGAGUGUGGACGAUUGCAUGUCCCACCUCAAGAUGUUCGCCAAAGAAUCGUUUGUUCAUCGAUGUCCCGAUUUCCUCCUCAUGCUUUGUAGACUUCCGUUUGUAUCGAGCGUGGCUCGGCUACUUCAGCUCGUCUAUGCUUUGUUGGCUGACAGCAAGUAUGCUGCUGAUGGGCUCGAACAGUUGCUUCAAGACACCUAUGGCAGCGACCGAUGCCUAACAGAUCUAUCUACGGCUACUAAGAUGGGAACCCACGUGGGUGUUACGUUGACGAAAGCACGAGAUGACUACCGCCAUCUCGAGUCUGAUGACGGGCAGAAGCUGGUCAAGUGGUGGGAAGUUUAUUUUGUACCAAAACGUAUCGGUGACCUCGGCGUUUUCCAAGACGGCGGCCUUGCGGUGAACAAUCCGGCCUGCAUCGCCGUGCGUGAGGCAAUCUCCCUAUGCUCAGAUGCGACAGAACCCAGCAUCGUAGUCUCCCUCGGCACGGGUUCUACCGUACAAGAUGAACAUAACCCAUCGGGCAUGCUGUCCAGCAAGUUCCCGUUCAGACUGUGGAGGGCUCUCUGGCGGCAGACCGGUUCAAGAACGACUUGGGAUCACCUUUUAAGCCAUCAGAGAGUCGAUAGCAAUACGAAAUUCUUUCGAUUUGACGUGGAAUUCCUGGGAAAAGAGCCCUUAUUAGAUGAGGUGAGUAAGAUGGAUCAUGUGCAACGGACUGCUCGAGAUGCAGCAACAGGCACGUCAGAUCUUCGUAAGCUAUGCCGCCAUCUACGGGCGGAGCUUUUCCUAUUCGCGUUGGAUGAGCAGUCCCUGCCAUACUUCGCCAACGGGGGUUAUCACUGCACUGGCCAUAUCACCUGUCGGCUUAGAGCUCAAACGCCAGGGUAUAAAGCAUUUAUCAACCAGCUGUGUGAAAGAGCGGCCUCGUUCCAGGUAGGAGCCCAGAUCCUACAAGUUACGCGCGAAAGCAUGGAAGAGGAUCUAUCCUACAGAGUGCAUUUCGUGGUGCCUAGCCUCAGCAGUUUGAUCCCGAUCACGUUGACCGAGGAAGCGGGUGAAAGAUUCGAUGUAAGCGGAUCGCCAUUUACGCUAGAAUGGCUCGUCCAACGACAGGAAUUGGACGCCAGCUUCGGCACAUCAGACCAUCGGAAGAGAAAGCUUCCUGGAGGGACUUUCAUCCCGCGAGCCAAGCGUGCUAGAUUUUAA